UCACUCCGCGUCUGUUAGAAAAAGUGGGCGGAAGUGUUGGCCCUUUAUUUCAAAAACGGAGUGAUGUCAAACAACAGCGGCAGACGCUCUGACAUAGUCCGCUGUCUUCCAACCAGCUUAUUCAACGCCCAUAACCGGUCGAAGAGGAUAACUCGAUGCCCGCGACGUAGCCUAACCAUUCUGCAGAGGUCCUUCGGAGGCUUGAAAUGACAACAUCUGCGAAUGCCAUGAACGCAUCGCAGUUCUCCAGCCCAUUGCACCUGCAUAUAGUUCAUAUCAGAGGACUCAUGAAAGGGAAGUUUGGCUCUCAGAUACGAGCAUUUUUCAUGUGACUACUACAGAUCUGUUUGAAUGUGAGAUCAUAUCUAGACCAAGACCACAGGAGAGCUGCAUGUCAUUCAUGGACACGGGGAGGAACUUGGCGCAUUGUUAAUAAUAAAAGAGGAUGUUUCGUUUCUUUCUCCUUUUUUCCCCCCCAUCUAAUUCUUGAACGUGCAUGGCAUCCCUGCUUUCUCCGAAGGUUCCGAUGGUUUCGGUAGGACGAUAUUAAUGUGGGUGGACCUUGGCGCAUCUCCAACGGAUAUUUUUUUAGGGGGCCGCAGGAUCGGACUAUUUACUACAGCUUUGUAGUCCUUUUUACAUAUAAACCAGCGGACAUUUUUUUUAAACGCAAGCACCAGAGAUAUUCUACCUCCUUUGUCAGGAUAUAAUGGCCGAAGACACAGCUAUAAAUAGGCUGAGCACUGCAGCUGCGAUUGGAGAUCUGAAAGAAAUUGAGCAGACACUGCAAAGCAACGUGAACGUUAAUGAGAAGAACAAGUACGGCAGGACACCAUUGCAGGUGAUGAAGCUUGGCUGCCCGUGCAUAGCGGAGGCGCUGCUUGGAGCUGGCGCCGACCCAAAUGCGCGCGAUCCCAUCCUACGACUGACCGUCAGUCACGACGCCGCGCGAGACGGGUAUCUGGACACUCUACGGGUGCUCGCGCAGAAUGGUGCUGAUGUCAAUCUCCCUGACACCGACGGCAACCUGCCUCUGCAUCUGGCGGCGCGGGAGGGACACCUGGAUGUCGUGCAGUAUCUCGUGUCUGACUGCAGCACGCCGCCUUUUCUGCCUAACGCGAAAGGUUACACGCCUCGUGACCUGGCUUUCAUGCACAAAAAACACAGAACUGUGGAGUGGUUAGAGAACAUUGCGCCUUCACAAUCCAGCUAGAGAUUAUGCCUAUGGGCCUGUGUGUUUUGUUGUGUAACAGAGGUAGCAGACAAAUGCUGAAUGAGCGAAUUAUUGCAUUGCAGACAAUUCAGCCAACUACCUCUUAUUGCAUUGUAAAAUAUUAGGCUCAGGGGCUUGUCUUUAUUUUGUUUGUUUUUUGUGUGAAGAACAAUUAACAUUUCAGUUGACCUUGCAUGUAUUUCACAUUUCCCCCGUUUCAACUGGCUUUUUUUUAUGAGAUAUUUUUCAGGUCAUCUAAGUCUCCAUUUUUUUUAUUUGUAUAGAUUCUUUCUUUCUCGAACUUUCAGGCAGGCCACACCUGUCCUACAUGUCCUGAUUUAUAACACACGCAAAAAAAGAUAACCUAAAUGAACUGAUGUGCUCAAAGAAACCAAUCUCCUUUUUAUUGAAAUAAGUGCACUAUAAUGGUCAAAAUCAGCUUAACUCCUGACUGCUCUGUUUUUGUUGUGUGUAGUUUUAUGACAUUGAACUUGCACUUUUGCUUGUAAUUAAUGGCUUUUAACUAUUGAUUUACUGUGAAAGAUUGUCUUUUGUCGCAUUGAAAAUAUUAAAACCUUGCAGAAUAACCAAAGACAGCUGUUAAACGAUAUGUUUUCAUCACGUUGUGUGUUUAACUCUGGCCUCGUGUCACUGAAAUACGGGUAGGCCUAGAAAACAUUUAUGAGACUGUAUUAAAAACAUGAAAUAUAAUUGGUUGAACAUUGAUAACUGUUGUUUGAUGUUGUCGAAUUUUUUUAACAGAAAAAUAAAACGCGGUGGCAGUUGUAUAUUUUGACUGAAUUAGUUACAGACCAAGUCGUCCACCUCUGUACACAGAAAGAGCCUUACAGUCGACAACAAUCAGAU